AUGAACUCUCAACGGUCGCCAUUUCUUACGAAACUUGCGAUUGUUGCCAUUGCCACGCUGACGUUUCUCUUUUUUGUUCUUUUCUUCCAUCCCGCCAGAACGGCCACUCUCCCACAACAUGUGGCACCAGCCCAAGCGUCCGAAAAUGAGCUAGCGGAGACUUCAACAGCAAUCAAAUCAAUACCCAAAAAGAUAUGGUACAAAGUUGGGCCUAAAGGCCUGAACAGCCAGUCACAAGAAUGGAUGGAUGAUUGUCUCCACAAAAACCCUGAAUAUCGCUCGGAGGUCAUGACAGAUCCCUCCGGCGAUCUCUAUGUGAAAAAUAAAUUUUCCCAUCGACCCGACAUUGUCGAAACAUACCUUGCGCUCUCAAUUCCCAUUCUCAAGGCUGAUCUACUUCGGUAUCUCUUGCUAUUUGCGGAAGGAGGCAUUUGGUACGACUUGGAUGUUUCGUGUGGCGAUGUACCAAUCCGUCAAUGGAUCCCAGAACAGUUCAAAGCAAACACGAACCUUGUUGUGGGAAUGGAAUUUGACGAGGGCUGGGGCGAGCACAUCUUGCGCCAAUUUACUAGCUGGACGAUCAUGGCAGCUCCACACUCACCACAUAUGAUGAUGGUCAUUGAAGAUAUUUUGGAUGCGAUUCGCCAGAAGUCGGACGAGAAAGGAAUUGCAGUCUCCGAAUUAUCUCUUGAGAUGGUUGGUGAUGUUGUGGAUUUCACGGGUCCAAGGCGUUUGACCCGUGGAAUACUCAAGAGUUUGGCGCUGACGCUUGAUGAGACUGUGGACAUGAACAACGUCUCCCACCUUUUGGAUCCGGUUUUAAUCAGUGAUGUUUUGGUUUUGCCUGGGUACUCGUUUGCUGCAUCUGCGAAUAGAUAUGUGAAUCAAACGGGCCCUGCAUUGGUGACGCACCAUUAUGCCGGAAGUUGGAAGAAUGAUAACGGCGGUGAAACCAGUUGA